AUGAGUACGGGCGAGAUUCCUUUCACCGAUCAAACCAUCGCUAAUGGCCUCUCGCGCUCAUCAGCCCUCAGUCAUGGCUUUGCCCAAGGCCAUGGGACUAAGCGCCUCCGAGACGACGUCUCAAACAGCUUCUUCGACUCUGAAUCAUUCCUGCCCGUGUCGCAGAAACGCGCCCGCCCCGACCUGGUCUAUACCACCGCGGACGUGAACCCCGAGUCGUCAUACAUUGCGCCCGCCUACGACUCUCAGACUCUGGCCCUGUACAACAGACUGCCGGACACCGACUUUGCCCUAUAUCACCCACACCUCGCACCCACCCACCCGAACCCCGGGUCGCAGCAAUUUGAGCCCGUCCAUACACACUCGCACAUUGUCUCGCAGUCGCUCCCUCAGUACCAGCAGCAGCCCUCAUACUGGGGCCUGCCAGCCCAGCACCAGCACCAGCAGCACCAACACCAUCAACAAGCACAACAACCACUCGCUCAGCUGUCGUCGCAGCCCCAUUUGCAGUCGGCUUUCCAGCCCCAUCCCCAGCCACAGUCGCUUCCCCAAACUCCUCAGCAAUACUACACUAUGCCUGCCGAUCACGUGCAAAAUGCUUCCUAUCCUACCAAUACCGACUGGUGGCAGCCGCGCCCGAGUCCGAGCAAUGCUGUGCUUGAAAACUGGAAUUACCAAGCCGAGGAGCCUUGUGUCUACGGUGCUGAUGCUAGCCAACAUCUCAAAUUGCAGAGCCUAGCCACUCUGGACAAUCUCUCUACGCAGAUCAUUCUCAACCUCGCCAAGGGCUCAUUAAACGACAUCCUCUUGCUCACCGCCGGCCGGGAUCAUGAAGGAAGUCAAGCCUACUUCACAAGACGGACCCUCUUUGACCAAACGCGUAAGGUCUACGCCAAGAAUGCUGUCUUUAUUGACAUGCAUACCUUGCCUGCUUUCACUGCUUCGCAGCAGGAAGUCGUACGCAAAGCGAACCGUGCAAUCUUCAUUUCCAGUAUUCUCGAGGGCCACGACAUCAGCUUUUUUGACCUGGACUCUCGUUUCAUGGAAACCUUCGUCUGCCCGGGCCAGCGUCUGCUCAAGUGGCAGGGUACCAUCUUUCUCGAAUUAAAGACACAGGCUUAUAUCGCAGCACUCAUGAACAAUGACGGCCCGUCAGACUCGCUACUGGAUGAACUCUUCCCUAACGAUUUGGCUGACCAGCUCCUGUCUCGUCAUCCAGACGCUCCAAACCUGGCCCCUAGUGAACAAGACUUCCUCGACAGGGCUCGCGCUAGGAAGCAGUAUCUGUUCGACGAACCACCCUAUGACGCGUACAGUACACUUCCUCGGAAGUACGGCUGGCAUGAUUUCCUGCGCGAGUUUGCUGUAGCACUCAGCAAAAACGUCGAGGCUAUCAUCAACAACCCUGCACGAACUCCUGUCAGCCAGCCUGGAGUAAUAUCACCAUCAAUCAGAGGCCGCGGAACACCGGGUAGAUUCGGAAGCUUGAGUAGCCCGACAGUUGGCGCACAAGACCCAAACAGUGGUCAUGGAGAUCACAACGGUGCACAGCAACAGCGCUCACCACCACAACCAGACCAAGAAACAUCAGAGAUUGGCCAAUCUAGAUCUUCGCCAAAAGCACGAUCCAAGCCGAAGACUGGUGCGAGCGCUACUCAGCGGCAGCCUUGGAAACAAGAAGAAGAGGACGCGCUGAUGGCCGGUCUGGCUGAAGUCAAAGGUCCUCACUGGUCACAAAUCCUCAGUCUCUAUGGUCGCGGUGGUAGUAUGAGCGAGGUGCUCAAGGACAGGAACCAGAUACAACUCAAGGACAAAGCCCGCAACCUAAAGCUGUACUAUCUCAAGAUGGGCAAGGAGGUACCCGAAUGCUUACGAGGAGUAACGGGCGAAUUGCGCAAGAGAGGCGGCGCACGCGUACGCGCCGCGCUAGGUUUAACAGACGAUGAUGGGCCACCGACGAAGAAAGGGUCACGGUCCGGCACACCACUCGACCCGUCGUUGAAGGCAUAA